AUGUCAGUUGCGGCCUUUAGCCGACGGAGAGGAGCGAGUUGGUCGAAAGUCCCAUCGGUCUCUAGUUCUUUGAGAACCGACAUCGUCCAGUCAUGCAGCGGCUUCACCAAGCGCUGCAGGAUAGGACUAGGGAUAGCGAACACUCGCACCUUACCCGCACCCUCCAGCUUCAACCCGAAAGGCCCCGCUUCCGGUCUCGUCUUGGUACUACUCCACCACACUGAUUGUGCGGGUAGGAGGAGAUUCUCAAUUAGAGACCUAAACAUCCUUGAGUCGAUGCUGCUUUUUGGGAUCGGACCGUCUCCACCAUCUGUGAGCAAGAACUCACGAGGUUCGUACAGCAUAGAAAAAAUAAACGACAGCAUCUCUGGUUUCCAUAGAGAAAUAAGAGCAGUGGCGUCUAAAGGUAGUGUAUGCCCCUUGCCCAGCUGGGUCGAGGUACCAUGCCUUCUCCUUGACAGAUGGAGUUCGAAUGAUGAGAAACCUGCCGGAUAUAACUCAAUCGAUGCGGUUCGUCCCCUUCCUCCAGCCCUUCCAGCGCUUCUGGAUGACCCUUCGUACCCGUAUUCAUCAUUCUACCUCCUCCAGGUCCGCGGAUCUCCCUUCCUUCUCCGAAAGAGAAGACUUCCCACUUUAGACAGGGCAAUUCCUUACUUUCACUUCAUAAUCUGUUGGGGCAAAAGAGUAGUCCCCCUUGGAAAUGUAAUAAAUAAUAGGCUGCUCCGAGCUCGAUCUGCUGUUCCGGCAAGCAGCCCUUUCGCUCGUUCCCUUGGGGCUUGGGCCAACCUGUUCCAUAUGAGCAGCAGGAGCAUAAAUACGUGA